UGAUCAAAAUUUUUUUUUCUCAUUGCAGGUAGCACAGCGAAAUUUUUGAUGGAUAACAUCUUGCGAUUAUCAAAAAUUUAUUGAUUUUUUGGCUAAUAAUGGAUUAUGAAAAAAAAUCAUUUACAUAAUCAUCAUCAAUUAAUUUUUCUAUUCGACCAAAUCAUACAAGAAUCGAUUGAUUUUCGUCAUUUGAAUUUGUUUUGACUCUCAAUAUGGAACCCCAUUUUGGUUUACCAUUCAAUAAUGGAACAGCUGCUGCUUCUACUACCACGGCCUUUCCAUUGGUACUUCCCAUUGAUCAACGUACACACGAAGGACGUUAUAAUCUAUGGAGUUCAUUAUCGGCCGCACCACAUCAUCCUAUCCAUCACCAUCAUCAUCAUACGAAUGGUGUUACAUCGCCAACAUCUCCAGCACCGGCAACGGCGGCAGCAGCUGCCGCUUCCGUUGCGUAUGCAGCAGCAGCAGCAUCGGCAGCUGCUGCUGUAAGCCGUUUGUCACCAUAUGAUCAUCAUGGAUUCUAUCCAUCACCAUUUCAUCAUCCUCAUAAUCAUCUUAAUCAUCAUCUGCAUCCGGCACAUCAUCAUCAUCAUCAUCAUUCAAAUUCGCAUUCGGCGGCGGCUGCUGCUGCAGCAGCGGCAGCAGCUGCAGCCGCUGCCGCUGCCGCAUCCAGUCCAACAGCCCUUUCACUUCGUGGCCUAUCAAGUCCAGAAUUAGCAAUGUCACCGACAUUACAUCCAGAUUAUCUGCAACAAAUGAGCUUAUUAAAUCAACGCAUGGCCGCAUCAAUGGCAGCGCUUUCUGGUCAAACACCCCCAUCAUCUACAUCAUCAUCGUCGUCGUCGUCGUCGUCAUCAUCAUCCGGAUCCGGAGUAAAUGCCGAAAACGGAAUUGUCAAUGCAAAUAAUUCGACAGCUGUACAGGCGGCUGCUGCUGCAGCAGCAUUUCUAAAUAAUCCAGCUGCCGUUGCUGCAGCUGUUGCUGCUGUAUCCGCAUCCGCUGCUAAUACGAGUGAGUCACCAAUUGCCAUGAAUAAUACAAAUUGUCAACCAUCGAUAACGAAUGGAACCACAACGUUAUCGAAUAGUUCAUCAAUUGAACAACAAUCAGCCACAACAACAACGACGAUGACGACGACGACGACGACCACCACCACAGCGACAACAACACCACUAUUUCGUACACCAAGUUCGACAUCACAACAAAUUCAUAUUAAUCGUAAACGAGCCUUAAGUGCAUCCUCAUACAAUAAUGACACAAUGUUUGAUAUUAAUUCAAUGAUACGUUUCUCACCGAAUUCCUUGGUUUCAUUUGUAAAUGGAUCUCGUUCAUCAUCGGCUGCAUCUGGUUCAUAUGGGCAUCUAAGUGCAGGUACCUUAAGUCCUGCAUUCGGAAUAUCAACAUUGGCCAGUACUGGAAUGUUGCCAACUAGUCUACAUCAUCUGAUGCGGUCACCGAUUCUUGGUAGUUCACCAUUACUACAUCAUCAUUCGACAAGUCCAUCAGCAGCACAUCAUCUAUUGAAUGGUUCAGCAUCACCAUUCCAUUUUAAUCCACACCAAUUUCCACAUCAUUUAUCUAAUUUACAUGUUCAACAAUAUCCAAAUCAACAACAACAUCAAUCAUCAUCUACAUUAUUAUGUACACCGCCGUUAAUACCACCACCACCACCACCACCGAAUACGAAUUCAAUGACAAAUUCAACAACAACAACUGCAACGGCAACAGCAACAACAACAAAACAAUCGAAUGAUCUCACAAUACAAUCAUCAUCAUUAUCGACCACAAUAAAUCGUGAAACUGCCUCAAAUGUUGUCUCAUCCACUGUUGGUGAUUGUGAUGAUAAACAUGGUAUGAAUAAUGUAAAAAUGUCUAAACGAUCAGAUAUCGAUGUUGGCCAUCAUCAUCAUCAUCAUCAUCAUCAUCAUCAUCAUUCAUCAAAUAAUAAUCAAAUCAUCAAUAAUGGACAUCUGAAACAAUCAUCAAUAACGACAAAUUCAUCAUCAAUGAUUGAUGACAGUAUUGAACCGGGUGAUGAUUUUGUUGAAACAAAUUGUCAUUGGAAUGAUUGUAUCAAGGAAUUUUCCACACAACAUGACUUGGUCAAACAUAUCAUUGCCGAUCAUAUCCAUACGAAUAAGAAGAAUUUCAUUUGUCGCUGGAAAGAUUGUUCUCGAGAAGAAAAACCAUUCAAAGCACAAUACAUGCUAGUCGUACAUAUGCGCAGACAUACGGGUGAAAAGCCGCAUAAAUGUACAUUUGAAGGAUGUUUAAAGGCAUAUUCGAGAUUGGAAAAUCUUAAAACACACUUACGUUCACAUACAGGAGAAAAGCCGUAUGUAUGUGAAUAUCCUACGUGUCAGAAAGCCUUUUCGAACGCUUCGGAUCGUGCAAAACACCAGAAUCGUACACAUUCAAAUGAAAAACCAUAUGCGUGUCGUGUACCAGGUUGUUCGAAAAAAUAUACUGAUCCAUCGUCAUUAAGAAAACAUGUUAAAACAGUUCAUGGCGCCGAAGUCUAUGCAACUAAAAAACACAAAGGCCUUAAUUUAGUCACCGAUCCAAACGGUGAUCCAGCCGACAAUAAUAGUGGUAAAAGCAGCAGCAGUAAUAACAAAAAGAAAUGCACCAACAAGUUCAUUGUUCAUGCUGAAAUCAAUGAUGAUGGUAGCGGUGGGGGAUUUAUCAAUGAAUCGAUGGCCAAUCAUCGGUUGUCGGAUCAUAAAUCCGAUUAUUUUGGCCAGAUGAAUGGUUCACCAUAUAAAUCACCAUCGAAUGGUGAUAAUUUUUCGCCAUCCAGUAAUUCAUCAAAUGGUUCAGGUGGUUAUGGGUCUCCACAAAAUGUUCAAGAUUCGAAUGAAAAUCAAGGCUAUCAAGGUUUAUCAACUCAUUCUCCGGGUAUUUAUGUGGAUGCACCGAUUAGCGAUAAUGCCGUUUCGACUACAACCUGUCAGAAUAAUGGCUUCGAUACGGAAUGGAUAGUGCCAGCAAACAAUGAUUUAUAUGAAGAAAAUGGUGGCGAUGGUUUUAUUCAACAGCCAACAAAUUACUCGGAUUUCGAAAUUGAAGAUCCAUCCGGCAUGAUUGUUUCCGUGAACGGUAAUCGUAAUAUUGCCAAUCACGGUCAAUCGAUGAUACGUUCGAAGAAUGUAUUUAAAAAUAAUUUUAAAGCCAUAAAAAGCGGUCUAAAAACUGCGGCAACAUGGAUUCCGAAUAUGUUUAAUAAAUCGAAUCGUCGUAGUAAUGAUAAUGAUGAUGGAUAUGAUCAUUCACAGAAACAGACAAAGUCCUCAUCAUCGAAAACGAAAUUAUCACGAAAUGAUAGCAUUAGUUCAAGUUUGCAUUCAAAUUCAUAUUAUAGUUCAGUAUUGGGAUCGGAUAAUUCAAACUCGCAAUAUACGAAUAAUUCAUAUUCAACAAACAACAGUAAUCAACAACGACAGCAAUAUGGACAGCAACAACAGCGAUAUUCUGGAUCAACUGGUGGUGGUGGUGGUGGGGCAACAGCAACAACACAACAACAACAAUCGGAACAAACAAUUAAUCGUUGUAAUUCAUAUGAUCCAAUUUCGAUCGAUGGUUCAUCACGUCGUUCAUCGGAAGCAAGUUUAAAUUCGAUUGCUUCAAUUGCAGCCGCUACGGCCACAUCAAUGUGUAGCCGUCGUUCACAACAACAACAACAACAACAACAAAGUGAACCAAAACAUUUGAAACAAACGGAAAACCUUGUUAUUCAACCACAAUCAUUGGCAUUAAGUCACGAUCAGCCAUAUGCAGCAAUUACGCCCUCUGUUGUUAUGCCAACACCAUCCAACAUGAUUGCACCGUUUUCGCCACCAAAUUCUCAUACGAUUAAUCCAAAUGAAAAUUUUACAGCCGCUCAACCAUUAGCCACUUCAAAUGCAACAGCUGAUGAACCAAUUAUAUUUCCUGAUGAAAUGGUUCAAUAUCUUGAAACUAAAAAUAUCAAAGAAGAAAUGGUCACUGAAACAAGUGUUACUGGACCGCAAUUGAUCACAUUAAUGUCACCUGGAACACCAAUGUCCGUCAUGUCACCUGGUGGUGGCAGUACAGUUUCAAUGAUGUCAUCACCUAGAUCGGUUGCAACGGUCAUUGCUAAUGAAGUUUCAAUUCCAUCAAAUGCGCAACCACCACCACCACCACCACCACCAACAACAACAACAAUCAAAGUUGAUGAAACAAAUUCAUCAUCCAUUCGGGCAAUACAACCUCUAUCACAGCAGCAAUCGACAAAUUGGUCCUCAAACAAUUCUUCGGUUACCAAUCAAUUAACAAAAUCAGUUAGUAGUAAUAAUGGUCAAUCACAGUCGACUACAAUGAUAAAUGCUGCCGUAUCUAAUUGCCCAUCGAUUAAUAACAGCAACAACAACAACAACAACAAUAUGCAAUUAGUAAAUAUGCAACAAAAUUUUUAUCAAAAUGGACCAUUAACAUCACCGAUCCACCCUUAUCCUUGUCAACAACAGCAGCAACAACCAAUUUCGAAUAAUUGGAAUACAAAUUUCCGAGGCACUGCUCCUCAACAACAAUAUACAAGAAUGGCUAAUUUUUAUCGACCAGAAAAAAAACCAUCACCACCUCCUUAUUCAAUGGUCCAAAACCCGAAUUUUCCAAUGACCAAUUAUUCUUGUUUUCCAAGUAAUGGUAACAACAACGUUCCGAUUUCAUUUGAUCCACAACAAAUAACAACACCGUCAUCUCAACUUGAUAAUAAUAAUAAUAACAGCAAUAAUUCCGUACAACAACCAUCGUAUGGCCAGCCACCACAAUCACGUGCACAACAAUCAUCAUCGGCCAUGUCAUGUCGUUCAAUAUCGUCAUCAUCAUCAAACAUGAUGGUUAACGAUAUGAAUUCGACCAUGAAUGCAUUUUUCGAAGAGAAUCGUUUUUUGAAAAUUUCACUCAACUAA